GUGAAUCACCACUCUUAAAGUAAGCGUCGAUAGCAAAAGCGCGUUGCGCUCCGGUCCAUCGUUCCAUCGUGACUAUUUAACCCGCACGCCGAACGCGUCGAUCAAGAGCUCUCCGCACUGCUUCGCGUGUACGGUCGCCGCGUAAUUCAAAUUUGAAAUGUGAACUUUGGCCACCGGACACACUGUAGUUUAAAGGGGCGAAGAUGAAGGCGUUUACACCGAUUACACCAAUCAACAGUUCAGUUGACAGUAAAUCGAUCCAUUAAGGACACUCAAUCGGUGCUGCAGACAUCUCAUGAUCACGAUUUUUAAAGAAGCGUUGGUUUACAGACAUGGAGAUCGAGCCCCAAUAAAGCCAAUUCCAACAAGUGAGUACUGCGAUCCAUCUUACUGGCCAAUGGGAUUCGGACAUUUGACAAAGUUUGGUAUAGAAAGACAGUACGAUCUAGGAAAGUGGUUAAGGAAACGCUACGACUUCUUACUGUCCCCAACUUAUAAAGCAAGCGAGAUAUACGUGAGAUCUACAGAUGAAGACAGGGUUUUAAUGUCAGCGUACUCAAAUCUUGCAGGAUUGUACCCACCACAGGGCUCACAAGUAUGGAACGACCGCAUCUUCUGGCAGCCGAUCCCAGUCCAUACGAUACCAAGAAACAUAGACGACGUAAUAGUGGAAAAGAGGUCAUGUCCAAAGUACGAUACUCUAUUGAAUGCCACAAUCAAAUCGGACUACUUCAGCAGGAUUAACGACAAAUAUGCCGACCUGUAUGAAACUAUAUCUAAUUGGACAGGUAUCGACGUGAGCGAUGUUGAAGAUAUCAAGUUGAUCAGAUCGACGCUGUAUGCUAUCAAAAGCUACAAUGCCACUUAUCUGCCGGAAUGGGAAAAAGAUAUGAACUGGCACUUGAUAGAUAAUCUUGCCGGUCUAGCAUACCUUAGAUACACAUCAACCCCUGCAAUGAAACGUCUGAAGUCCGGUCCAUUCUUCCAUUACUUGCUCAACCACCUGGACCUCGCUACCUCAACAAACCAAGCGUCUCCAGCUCCGAAGAUGCUGAUGAUUUCGGCUCACGACACAUCCUUGUCCGGUAUAUUGAACUCGAUGGGCGUUUUCGACGGAUACCCUCCAGAUUUCGCGGCAACUGUUAUAUGGGAGUUGAAAAAAAGACGAAACGGAGAACGCUAUAUUAAUCUUUAUUUCAAGUCAGAGAAAGGGUUAGAGAAGCUGAGGAUUAUAGGGUGUGAGAUCGAUUGUAAUUAUGGGACGUUUAAAGACAUCAUGGAGGAUGUUGCAAUUAGUAUAGGAAGCUGGGCGAAAGAAUGUAAUAGACUGUCGGAAAAGUUCGUCUGAAUGUUAAGAAUGCGUAGGGGUAUUCUGGCUUAUAACCGCUAACUAUCUAAAACUGUAAUGACUCAUCGAUGUUCACGUGAACAUCACUUAACUACCAGUAGUCGGCUGUUCAUAGGCGGGGUAUGAAUGUUUAACAUGGGUGAACUAGAUUUGUCACAUGCUUAAUAAAGAGUGGUUUGAAACAUAUUGUAAGUCAAAAAUUUGGGAAUUACCUUUAUUCAUCGUCGCUUCCACUUACAUCUGACAGUAAUAAACUGUCGCUAUCGCUUUCCUCGUUGAAAUUGACUAUAACUGGCUCUAUGAUGGUGUCGAUGUGGUGGUCAAGCUGCCACAUUUUUGUUUCUUCCUUCACAACAUGACGGAUAGCAUUCUGCCAAGCUUCGGGCGUUACUAGCUGUAUGGUAAGUCUCAAGUAAAACCUUAACGUCUGGUAAUUUGAAGGUUGUGUUAUGGCGCGCAAUAUAACCCUUCACUUGAGCCCAGAUGAGCUCUAUUGGGUUCAGUUCACAGUGGUAGGGCGGUAACCGCAGCACAGUGACACCACAUUGACGGGCCAUCUCAUCAGUCACUUAACUAAUGUUCGCAGGUUUGUGCUGUUUAAUUUUUUCAUACAAUUCCGCUUUCACACAUGAAUUGUCAAACGGGAUUCCUUUUUCGCGCAACCAUUGCUGCAUGUCACUUUUUCGAGAUCCCAUAGUCGGUACACGUACGGCUCGACGACUAUGGUAGGAAGCAUUAUCCAUGACGAUCACAGAGUUGGGCUCAACUCGCUGAAGCACCCCUUGAAACCAGCUCUCGAAGCAGCUGGCAUUCAUUUCGUCAUGGUAAUCACCUCCUUUCUUAGAGACGAAAAUCAAGUCGCACUCUUCUAAAAAGCCACUAUCACUACCAAUAUGAGUUACGAUCAAUCUUUGACCUUUCCCUGACGGUCCACGAAGACCUGUUGACAAAUCUUCAAUGCUUGCUUGUCGGUUACUCACUACGUUUUUGUCUAUCCAGGUUUUUUUAACUGUGUCACCUGCAUUUACCCAUGUCUCCUCCAAAUAAUAGAUUUUUCUGCUUGGUCGCCUAUAUUCAAUCAUUUCGCGUAGGUAUUUUCGAUGCCAGGCGACUAUUUCAGGUCUCUCUAUCAAUACUGACUUCCGAUUACGCGUUUCGUAACGAAAAUUAAUUUCGUGCAGGGAUUUCCUCAUUACCUCGACGCUCAUUUGGGGUAUAAUUUCAUUUUCUUUAAUCGCUGCAUGUACAGCCUUGAGGGUUGGUAUCUCAUUCCUAAAGAAGAAUGAAUGUACGGUUCGCCUUAACGCCAUUUUGCUAUCGUCAUCCAAUUUAACGGCCUUUCGUCCCUUCAAAUUAAACUUUGGAUCAGUAGUAGCUCCAGUUUUCUUCUUUUCAUGCACCACCCUGCGAAUGGUCCACUCUGGAACGCCUGUCAUACUUUCACAACGCGCGGGUGCAUCUCCCUGCGACAUAGUUCUGUUCAGAUAAUUGAACACGUUGAGCACGAUUUCUUUCGCGUCCCUCUUCAGUGCUUUACGAAGCCGUCUACUUGUUCCCUGGCUUUCAGUACUUCGACUCGUGCCAUUUGUACUCUCCAUGGUUAAGUAUAACCAAAACAGUAACCACAGAAACCACAACAAUAACAAUCACACAACAAUUCUUAUAAAAACACACAAUAUGCGAUCGCUCAACGAAACACGUUCCAAUGCGUUGCCGACGCCUAUGAGUCUGCCGGUCGAGGCGCGUCUUUGAUUUCAUUGGUUCUACCGGCGGAGAACAAUCAGCCAUUAUUUCCAUCUCUGGCUGUGCUGUUGACCACCGCAAAGCCACAGAAAGGACAUAUGUCGUACGCUAUACGGCUGUACUGGAAGGAAGCCGGGAUCGAGCUCUGAUCACGUGUUGAUCACGCGUAUGAGUCAUUACAGUUUUAAAUAGUUGUAGUAUAGACGUCUGUACUGUGUAUCAUUAAAACGGUUGUCACGUCAAGUAGCUGGAAUACAAGGUAUUCACAAAGCUUCAGCAAUGACAUUCUAUUAUUUAUGCAUUAAUAGACAGUCUGAACUCAUGUUUAUCACAUACUUUGCUUUUCGUGUGUCUGUCUCCUAAACUAGACUGAACUAAAUUUAUAUCCCUCCAAAUGAGGCUUAGGUUAGCUCAAUAUUAAUAGCUUCAAUCUAUACAUUCAAGUUGCUUCAGUGAAAAAAUACAUACGAAUAUGUAAAUUGCAAGGAUCUACCCCUACUAAUUCUCAUACCAAUUGUCUUAUCGAAUAACAGCCCCUGAUAGGGUGGGGUAAACAGUAUUAUAUAUCAUAGCUUUUACAUGUUAUGAAUAGGUACAUUCUGUGAAUUUAUCAUCGCACUAUAAUUUAAAUAAUGUGACUAUGUAGUUA